UCCGAUUGUUUGUCUGUUGUCGUGUUGCGGCUGACUGGGAGUCUCGAGACGAAACGAGUUGCGAGUUGUGAGCAUUCGAAAAUCGGCAAUCGGCAUUCGUCGCCGAGAUAUCGCAGUGGAAGGUGCCAGUGACUCACGUUUACACGAACACGUUGCCGGAGCGCGCUCGCUUUUCCGGCCUUUUCGACGAGAUAUCGCUGAAUUUUCCGCGGUUAUUCGAGUCGAGCGCGUUUGAGAAAAUGCCAAUCGGGUUUUGACUUAUCAUUUCCGAGAAAGAUACUGAUAUGGCUAUUUUUAAAUUGGAGUUUUUCGCGCUGCUGUGCGCGCUUCUUGGAAUUAACGCUGUGCAGGACGAUGAUUGCAGUGCGAAUACUUUCAAAAACAAUGACAAAUAUAUGAGUUUUUCCAAGGAGGCCACUUUCGCGGAAUACGCUAUUGUUGGCAAUCACAAAAUCCUGCGCUGCUGCGCCAACGGAUACAGGACCAUCGAAUGGUAUAAGGAUGGAAAGCCUUAUCCAUGGGCUCUGGAAACUUCAGGACUAAUUAUAAAUCCAGCAAGUCUUAAUCAAACGAUAUACGUACAGUCCGUUAGGCAGAAGGAUCAAGGAAAUUACACAUGUUAUCUUCGAAACGAGACCACCGUGUACAGCCACACGAUUCAGUUGAAAAUAUUCGAUAAAAUUCCUGACGAACCAAAAAUAACCUACAUCACCGACAAGGCAAACAUUGCAGUAGGAGACAGCCUGAGGCUGUUCUGUGAAGCCUACGUUGGACAGGUUGACCUCCCUGAUGCACACAGCGAUGCCUAUUGGAAGAAAAUUGCCCCGAACUCUUCCAUGAUAGACAUCCCUUUGCGAAUAGAAAAACUGAAAACUACUCGAGAAGAAGGUCAAACUAUAGGAGCCUACCUCUACAUAAACGAAAGCAAACCCGAAGAUUUGGGACAAUAUGUAUGCGUUAUCACCAAACCAGGAAUUACCAUCGAAAGAUACGUGUAUAUUCACGAAAAAAGUGAAGAAGUGAUAUUCUUGGACGCCUAUCCCAUUCCCGUGACGAAAACCCUGCUGAUAUUCGCCCUCAUCGGAGUGUCGUUGACCAUCGUUUUCAUCUUGUAUCUACGUUUCGGGCUCAGGGUGCAAGUUUACCUGAAAGACGCUCUCAAUUCCUCCGAAAACGACGACGAUAAAGAGAAAGACGUGCUCGUCAUAUUCGCCCCGCAGGACACCGAAAUCGCGCAAGGAGUUUUGUUACCGACUCUGCAGGAAAAAUACAAUUAUAAAUGCGACUCCAAAGAAUUGAUUUCUCCCAUCAAUAUGUGGUACGCGGAUCUGAGCGAAGAAGCGAAAAAAUACCGUAGGAUAGUCGCCGUGCUGUCUCCAACUCUACUCAAGGAUAACUGGGAGUCGAGCCAAUUGAUGUUGGCUUUGAAACAACUAAAAUCGCUGGGGCCAAAGUUAAUCUGCAUAUCACUUAAAGAACUACCGAAAAACGAGAACCAAACGAAAGAUUCCCAAGGAGAAACACUAAGCGCGUUGAUAAGGUGCAUUGGGGUCAUCCUGUGGGAGAGGAAAAACGAAGAGAAGUUCUGGUACGCACUGCGACUUAAACUGCCACCUAUAAGGAGAACCGAUUCGGAAACCAUCAGAGAUCCGGCGACAGUAUGUGAUAACUCUCGAGAUUGCAUGGAAAAUAUGGUGUAAUUCAAUGCAACAUUUGUAAAUAGUUACACGUUUCUACACUACACGAAGAUUUGGCUAUGACCUGGUGGUUACUUAAAUAACGUAAAAAAUACUUAGUAACAUUCUGCUCUCGAGUCGAUAUAAUCAGACUGUUGGUUGUAUUGCUACCGUGUAAAUUACAAGCGAACUUCGAUUUAAAAUGAUAGUGAUGGAAACUGAAAGGACGAAAACUAAUGUUAUACUGUUGUGUUGCUGCUAAGCUCUUUCGACUUAUUAAAAUGAGUAAAUGAAGAGUGGUAUAGAUGAAAAGGUGUCGCUUUGUUCCAUCUAUAUACACGAAUAACUUACAGUAGCUCGAGUAUUGUGAUUCCUAAAAGAAAUCGAAACAGGAAUGUGUCAAAGUUUGAACUUUGGUAUAUUUUUUUACCUUCUCUUAGGAAUAAAGUUUAAAUACAACAUUAUAGCCUCCAUAGAUACUAUUAUUGCCUGAUGGUAUCCAAGCUGAUUCUUAACGGGACACUCGAUAUGGAGUUUGUUUAGGCCACUCUAAUUAGUAGUUAUACUUAAAUAAAUACAUCACUUUUAUGCCAUAUUUGUACCCCCAUUUUCUUACGAGUAGCACAACUCAACGUAACAAAAAGCGCCAGUAAAAAUAGUCCACAAAAACCGAGUUAAAUUUUCUAACUGAGAUUUAGACAUUUUACAGUCUAUUACUACUUAAUGUGAAUCAUUUGUGAAUUCUCAAAAUCUCAUGGCAUCAAUUUGACUUGGUUGUUUCAGAGAAUAAAAACUGCGCAUACUUGACAAACAUGUAAAAUUCAAUGUAAGAGUGUGUAUUUAAUUAUUGGAAUAAUUUGCAAGUAAAUGUGUUUAAAAAGGAGAAUCAUGAGUUAGUAAAAGUUUAUUGUGAUUUAUUCGUUAAGUCGGUAUUUGAUUAUUUAUUUUUUAAGCUAAUAAGAUAUUUAAAAAGGAAAUAAAUUGUAGAUAUUAUUUUGUGCAACAAGGUUUUAUUUCUUGGUUAAAGUUAAAGUAAUUGGUUGGUUUCAACAUCGAUAUUGAACCGUUCUGAACUUUAUACGCUUGCGUAAAAUCUUAAGAAAAUGUUUACGCAAACUUAGUAACUUUCGGAACAGUUUAAUACCUUUCUUGAAACAAAUUUUUGUUAAUAUUAUUUCUAAUUUGAAUAAUUAAAGGAUAUUAAAUACUUAAUAACUUUCAAUCCACUUAAAUUCUUGUUGUAAAAUAAUACUUUUAACUAUCUUCAAUAAACUUACAAAAAGUAUUUUACUAGAAAAAUCAACCUUUGAGGUGUAAAGUAUUCAGAUUAGUCGAAUCAGAAGUGUCCAUACCCUUUGACUCGUCCACCCAAAAGGAUAAACAAUAAUAUUGUGUUAUACAUAUUUAUAGGAUAAUAUAUAAAUUGACUGAAAUUAUAUGGUUAGUUAAAUUUAUGUAUCGUUUGUCAAGUAAUUGACAAAAAAUUAAUUUUAAAUUCGAUAUUGUGAUUUUUCUUAUUUUAUUUUUUUUUUGUACUUUUAAAAUAUAUGUUUGUAUUGCGAAUAUAAAUGUUGAUAUAAAAAAAUAUAUGUUACAUCAUCAAAAGU